AUGGCCGCUGCCACGGGUGCUUGCCACGCAGAACUGCCAGACUGCAGGGCCAAGCUGGAUGACAUUUUCAACAAAUUCUGGAAAACGAUAGCAGACAGAGAGCAGCAAAAUGCGGCACACAAACAAGCUAAACAGUUACCCAAAGCGCAACUGACAUGCUCCCAAGGCAGACACACAGUCACUCCUGCAAGCAGAGCCCAAAAAUGGCGCCAAAAAAGAAGAGGCCCUAAGCGGGCCCGCAAACAUCAGAAUCAGAAACGAAACGUUAGUCAUGGCACUCUAGUUAAUCUUACUUCACCAAUCUGUCUAGUUAAGCAUGCGUAA